GUAAAAUCUCCAACCGACCCGGAGUGUGUGUCAGCGGACGGUGAGAGAGACGAAGGCAGGCAGCUCCCUUUUGCCUUUUCUCGGCAGUAAACAUAUACAUUCCUCAUCAUGGCGGCCACAGAUGUAGACAUAUUUUCUAAUGAAGAAAAGCGUAACCUCAGCCUUGGCGGUCAUGUUGGUUUUGACAGUCUGCCUGAUCAGCUGGUCAGUAAAUCGGUGACUCAGGGUUUCUGUUUCAACAUCCUCUGUGUGGGUGAGACCGGCAUCGGCAAAUCCACAUUAAUGAACACGCUUUUUAAUACAAUGUUUGAAAAUGAGGAGGCCAGCCAUUACCAAAACGGCGUCUACCUUCGGCCGAGAACGUACGACCUGCAGGAGAGCAACGUCCACCUCAAGCUGACUAUCGUUGACACUGUGGGCUUUGGGGACCAGAUCAAUAAAGAAGAAAGCUAUAAGCCAAUCGUGGAUUACAUUGACACACAGUUUGAGAACUACCUGCAGGAAGAGUUGAAAAUCAAACGAUCUCUCUUCAACUACCACGACACCAGAAUCCACAUCUGUCUGUACUUCAUCGCUCCCACAGGACACUCGCUCAAAUCUCUGGAUUUAGUCACCAUGAAGAAGUUGGACAGCAAGGUGAACAUAAUCCCUAUUAUUGCUAAAGCUGACACAAUUUCCAAGAGUGAGCUGCACAAGUUCAAGAUCAAAAUCAUGAGCGAGUUGGUUAGCAAUGGUGUUCAGAUCUAUCAGUUUCCCACAGACGAUGAGGCCGUCACAGAAAUCAACUCCUCUAUGAAUGCCCAUCUUCCGUUUGCUGUGGUCGGCAGUGUGGAGGAGGUGAAAGUGGGCAAUAAGACAGUGAGGGCCAGGCAGUACCCAUGGGGUGUAGUUCAAGUGGAGAAUGAGAGUCACUGUGACUUUGUAAAGUUGAGGGAGAUGUUGAUCAGAGUAAACAUGGAGGACCUAAGAGAGCAGACCCAUGCCAGACACUAUGAGCUCUACAGACGCUGUAAACUGGAGGAGAUGGGCUUUAAAGACACCGAUCCAGACAGCCAGCCCUUCAGUCUUCAGGAGACAUAUGAAGCCAAGAGGAAGGAAUUUCUUGGAGAUCUGCAGCGGAAGGAAGAGGAGAUGAGACAGAUGUUUGUUAACAAAGUCAAAGAGACUGAGUCUGAACUGAAGGAGAAGGAGAGAGAGUUACAUGAGAAGUUUGAGAAGCUGAAGCGCAUGCAUCAGGAAGAGAAGAGGAAGGUGGAGGAGAAGCGACGAGAUCUGGAGGAGGAGAUGAACGCCUUUAACAGGAGGAAGGUGGCGGCUGAGACUCUGUCCCUCGCACAGCCCCUGAAGAAGGAUAAAGACAAGAAAAAAUGAGUCCACUGUUGACAGCAGCACCAGCAUUAAUUUAUGAGCUCAUUCCAGGCCGACCACGGACUUGGCCUCCACCAUCAUUGCAAAGUCAGCAUACUUUUUAAACCCUUUUUUGACAUUGUGGACCAAAGAUCCUGAUGGGAAGCCAUAGAGAUGCAUUAUGGGGACUGAAUUACGUCUUGUGUUGCCACAGUUAUUUGUUUGUUUUCUUCAUUCGGGUUACAUUUUUUUGGUUAUUUUUUAAAUCUCCCUCAUUUUUAGGAUUUGUUACUUUCUAACUGUGUAUGUGUUAUUUUUUUAACCAGACUGAAACAUUCAGUUUGUGGUCAUCGUUGUUUUGGUACUACCCAUUUGUGUUAUAGUUGGGCCAAUAUUGUGACAUACAUGUUAAACACAUGUUUCUAUUGCCAUGAUGUACAGUAGUAUUUAAGAUCUGAGCCAAAUGCAGUAUCACAGUACAGUGAUGAUACUAUGUGGUUUAAUAAGCAUGCAUUUGGUGUAGCUUAAACAAACGGUCUUAAUGGUAUUUUUGGUACUGUUUUGAUAGUUAUCCAGGACCAAUAUAUUAAUAGCUUUAUUGUCAUAAUAACAGAUAUGCAAAAUAUAUAUUUUUUGUAUUACUUGUAGAGCAUACAAGACUGAACAGUGUUCAUUCAAGCCAUAAUGUAGAGGUUUAAACAUCUGAACUAUUGAUGUAUCCUCUGGCACGUCCUAAUUUGCAUAUGGGGAAAUGACUGCAAGUCGAGCAUCUUUAAGAGUAUGAAAACGGUUGUAUUUACUGAUAUUAAAAAUAAACACUUUUCUAAUUUCCUUCA